AUGUGGGUAAAGGGGCUACCAUACAAGAUUGCCUUUACUAUGUGGAGAGUAUGGCAUUUUAAGGUGCCUUUGGAUGAAGUAAUCAGGAGUUGGGGGUACAAUCUAUCUUCCAAAUGUUUGUACUGCACUGCAGAAUCAAAAGAGGAAACAAUUGCUCAUAUUUUCAUGAGGUGUCAAACUGCACAAAGGACUUGGUCAUAUUUUAGCUCAGCUGCAGGUUUUGAUAUUACAGGUAUACACUCACAACAGGUGAUGUUAAAAUGGUGGGGUGUUGAUGUGAAGCCUAGAAUGCAAGCAAUUUAUAAUAUUGUGCCUUCAAUUAUUGUAUGGGAAUUGUGGAAGAAGAGAAAUGGUGAUAAGCACAAUAAUAAGGUGACAGAUGCAAGAGUGAUCUAUCAGGCUUCUACAUUGAUUCAACAACUGGUAAGAUUGAGAAAACCAGGCAUUCAACAUGUACCUCAUAGAUGGCCUGAAAUUCUACAGAUUUUAGAGUCCUUUGUGCCAAGAUUAAAAGUAACUAAGGUGUUAUGGGAAUUUCUUGUGGAAGGUGUUUGGAAGUGUAACAUAGAUGGUGCUACUAGAGGUAAUCUGAAAGGUGUUUGGAAGUGUAACACAGAUGGUGCUACUAGAGUUAAUCCUGGUAGGAGUUCAUAUGCCUUUUGUGUUAGAACUCAUAAUGGAGACUUGGUGCAUCCUUGUGCUAAGGAAAUGCAGGAAGGUACAAACACAGAAUCUGAGGUCAAGGCAUUACUUGAAGCUACAAGGUUUUGCUUGUCUAAGCAUGUGUACUCAUUCAUACUUGAAACUGAUUCAAUGCUCAUGAAGAUGAUCUUGGAGAGGGAAUGGAAGCCACCCUGGAAUAUUGUGUUUAUGGUAGAAGAGCUUUGGGACAUCAUGGACAAUGGUCAAGUACAACUUCUGCAUAUUUUGAGAGAGGGUAACAAGUUGGCUGACCAUUUAGCCAAUUAA